GGAUCAAGAAGGACAAUGUCUGCGAAUAUCUCCAGCACACUUCAGCCCGCGCUCUUCACUUACAAUGUUCCCGCGCUCGUGUUUGGGAUAUUGCUUAUCAUUGUUAUCAUCUGUGGAAACGUGCUCGUGUGCCUUAGUGUUUACAAGGAAAAAGCCCUCAAGACGACGACAAACUAUUUCAUCGUGAGUUUGGCUGUGGCAGAUUUGAUGCUGGCAGUUCUGGUUUUACCCCUGUUUGUCUAUGCUGAGUUCCAAGGGGGUGUUUGGUCCUUGAAUGUGUCUGUCUGUGAUGGACUGAUGACCAUGGAUGUAAUGCUGUGUACCGCGUCUAUAUUCAACCUGUGCGCAAUCAGUGUGGACAGGUUUAUAGCCGUGUCCAUCCCGCUGAACUACAACAGAAAACAUGUUGACUAUCGGCAAAUUAUCUUACUGUCUGCAACCUGGCUGUUGGCGCUUGCCGUAGCAUCUCCUGUCAUCUUCGGAAUAAACAAUGUUCCCCAAAGAGACCCCAGUGAAUGCAAACUCGAGGACAACAAUUAUGUGGUGUAUUCAUCCGUCUGCUCCUUUUUUAUCCCGUGCCCCAUUAUGCUCAUGCUGUACUUUGGGAUGUUCCAUGGUUUGCGCAAGUGGGAAGAAACACGCAAAGCCAAACUGAGGAACAGUAUCCAGGCCUGCCGGAGUUUACAGCACGCUGCGGUGGCUGCUGCUCUCCCGCCAUUAGGGGCUUUGCCUGCAUCUCUGCCCCGGGUCAUUGAGAGGGAUUUGGCCCAGUCUAGUCUUGAAGAACUUGACGACUUCACUCAGCCCGUUUGCCCCUUCCCACCAGAGUAUAAGAACAGCACGAUACAAACUGUGGCCUACUCUGACAUUCAAUAUGGCCAAAAAACCCAGAGAAAGAAGAGGGCGAAGAUCAAUGGAAGGGAGAGAAAAGCCAUGAGGGUUUUACCUGUUGUUGUGGGUGUUUUCCUCUUCUGCUGGACUCCUUUCUUUGUGGUUCACACCACUCGAGCUCUGUGUGAAUCCUGCCACAUCUCUUCAGACCUGAUGAGCACAGUGACAUGGCUGGGUUAUGUGAACAGCGCUCUCAACCCAAUUAUCUACACCGUCUUCAACACCGAAUUCAGGAAAUUCUUCCGAGGAUUUGUACCGCGCUGCUGCUGCUGACAUCCACCAUAAA